AUGGCUCGUCAUUCUUUCUAUUUUCUUUUACUCGGCAUCUUGCCCGUUUUCUGUGCAGACGUUGUAUCCAUUCCUUACGAACUGACGUAUCUCCUCCCCGGCACUUUUGAAGGAAGCAUCUUUGGUGCCUUUGUAAAUGGAAACUCGACUUCGGACGACACCAACACUAUUUUUGCCGCUGCCAAAAAGGCACCAUUCAUCUCCUAUGACGACGAAUUCCUUGCCCUCCUUGGACCAAACCCGGAGCCGACGCUCAUUGACCAGCGCGAGGAGAACUUUGCCGGCGAGGCUGGAGUUUGGGUGAGCGAGCGCAACGAGGUUUGGUACACGACGUGGAUCAACGAUGGCCCAACUCGUGUCGAGAUCCUGAAUCUGACUAACGGCACUAUCCGCAAUCUGACCACGUCGGAGCCCCUUCAGAACCCUAACGGCGGUUACUACCAUCAAGGCCGCGUUUACUUCACCAGCCUUCGUGAUGACACCCGCAGCUGGCCUGGCGGUGUCUUCGCAGUCGAUGUCGAUACGGGCGAAGUUGAGUGGAUCUUGAACUCAUACUUUGGCCUCAAGUUCGACGCCGUUGACGAUGUGGCAUGGGUCACGCAGCCUGGUACAAACAAGUCGUACAUGUAUAUCACCAUUCUUCCCUCCGCCGACAGCGUCGUUAGCAACGACACAGUCCCCCAAGGCCUGUGGCGCUUCGACCCCCAGGCUAAGACGCUGCUCCCGGCCAUCAGCAGGACCGACUACCCGAUUGCCAACGGCGUGCGGGUUUCCAAAGACCAGAAGAAGCUUUGGGUCACAGACUUUGGCGGCGAGGAAAGGAGCCGCAUCUGGGGCCUGCCUGCCAAGGUUGGCGCGCCUGCCAUUUACAGUUACGAUUUUGACGAGAACAUGUGGCCUGUUAACAAGCGCAUGUUCGGUGUUGCGAGAAUGCAAGCUCCCGAUGGGAUUCGGAUCGACGACAAAGGAAGGGUCUGGACCGGCGAAGGUGAAGGAGUUGUGGUACGGUCUGCAGAGGGCAAAGUCAUUGGCGUGUUCAACGCGUACUACUUUACGAGGGACCCAGUCUCUACGGCAAUUGUGCAGUUUGAGUUGGCCGGGGACACUCUGGUCAUCUUGGGUAUGGAUAAGCUUUGGACAGUGAAACUUGCGGAGGUCGUGAAUAGCGCGGCCUGA